AUGGGCAACAAUUGUUGCUUCGAUCGUGAAUACACACGGUAUAGAGCCAAGAGCCUUCUCGAGGAGUACGGUCUGGGGUCCACUGACUACCACACGUUUGUAGUAGCUAGUCAUAACCACGACUACGAAAGGCUGGUCGAGCUGCUCAGCUCCCUCGAGCCGUACAGUAUGCCUGAGAACUCUGAUGCUCAUCACGCUUGGGCGGACAAUCCUCGCAGCAUUGGUGUGAUAGCUGGGACCAGACUGGCCAUUGCGGCCUACUCUGAGGGAGAGGACGUAGCACGAGAGGCCAAGGAUAGGGUUCGACUAGCUGGAGGGAUUGCUUCGUUGGUCGACUUCGUUAGGUCACCCGAAUCCACGAAGGACCGUGUUGACUGCGGUUUGGUUGCAUUGAGCUACUUGGCAAUCGACUGUCCGCCAAAUUGCCAGGAGAUGUACCAACACGGCCUCUUCCCUCUACUAUUCCCUUUCAUGGACAGCCCAGUGGAGGGAGUCCGUUCAACAGCCUUCAGCCUAGCCUCCAAUAUCUAUCGUCUCUCACCUCGGUAUCGUUACGAGUUUGUUGAGCGUGGAGGUGUGCCUUUGAUAAUUCGUCAUAUUCGAGGGACUGCCGACAGCAUUGACUCUGACUGGGACGCUGUUGAGGCCCUACAGGACUUGGUAACGGCAGAUUCGGGCAAGAUCGACGAGAAGAUAGCUAUGGCAAUCGUGCAGGAGAGAGGCGCCCUAAGGCGAAUCCAGACAUUGAAAAAGUCGCCGGAGAAGGAUUUGAGCCAGGCUGCUAGUCGCUUAGAGGCGUCCCUUGUCCCCUCAGAAAAGCGUCUAUCAUCAUGA